AUGCCGUCUGUUGUGUGGAAUUACUUUUCCAAAACUGAAGCUGGGCCACGGUGCUUGUUGUGUUCAGACUUGCGAAGACGACGGGACUCUAGUACUAAAACAAUGUGGGUACAUCUGAAACUGAAGCACUCUGAUGUGUACCAAGAACUUCGGGGACAAGGAGAUAGGCAUACUGUAGGUUUUCUACUGUACCUUAUACUUGAAUACCCCUGUCUUUAAUGUGCUUUGUGUAUGUCGUAAAAUUGUUUGCGCACUUCGUAUUUCCCACGAUUUCGGCCAUGCUGGGUUACGGUAACACGGGUUUCUUUGGAUUUGCAAACUCGGGAGUCUUGACAAUUAAUCCGCUCAAAAUUGUUUAAUCUGUAAGCGUUUGCUGGAGCUUUUACGGGUCCUAUGUGCAUGAGAAUGUUAAUCUUUACAGCCACCAAGGUAUCUUUCUCUUUGUCAGUAACAAAGUAUUUUUAGGGACGAGUAGAUAAGAUUAUGACUACGCCAUCAAGUUCAACAUCCCCAUCAUCUCCUGACUCUCACAAGACUAAUCUCAACUUUAUGCCUCAGGCAUACUCGUUCACACAGUUGUUCGAGAAGCAACCUCCCAUCAACAACAUGUUGCUACAGUCGUACUUCCAGUUGGUCAAAGCUUUUACCACAUCACGACAACUCUCAGCAAUCCAGAACAAUCAACAUACGAAGGAAGCGGACUACUUGAACAACAUCAACGGUCGAUACGACAUGUUGUCCCACUGGCCCGAGAGAACCGGUCAAUCUUGUUGUGUCGGUUGUAAAGAAAACACUGGGAUUAGUUGUAGAAAAUGUAACGUAGGACUGUGUGUAGAUUGUUUUAAGAAAUUCCAUGUUCCUUCAUAGUAUGUAUCAUACCUCAAGUUAACUCACUCCUGUUAGACCUUGUACUAGUUUAAAAUAGUCUUUCCUGUGCCAAUGAUAGCCGAUAGUCAUAGUAAUAUAUUAAAUCAUAAUAAUAAAAUAAUAAUUUCUAGUUAAAAGUUGUAACACUAUAAUAAUUAAAAGCAUCUAAUAAAUGUAUAAAUUACCUAAAUCAGCAUAAAUUAUAAAUUUUAAAUGUUAAAAGUCAAACCUUAAGUUUUACUCAACCGAUUUAAAAAAAUUGUAGACAUCAAUUUUUUGAUAGUACUGUUAGAUACUGCAUGCAGCAGUCAGAAACAAAAAAUUUUAAUUUUAAAGGAAAACAAACCGCGCAAACUGAAUUGUAUCUUUCAUCGUAUAAGAUGAUCAGCGACAGACUGCGUCCGAAUUGAAAAGAUAAAAAUUAUGGAAAUAAAAACUCGUAAAUAUUUUUUUGAUUUUAAAUUCAAGGUUUUUUCAGUUUUUUUAAGAUUUCUAGAUGUCCGAAAACAAGGAAAGAAAGCCUAAAGUAUACAAUACUGUGAAAUUGGACGAUCCAAACAGAGGAAAGAUCAAUGUCGAGCUAGACGAUGUGGUAGAAGAACCUCUUCAAAACGUCGUAUCUUUCGUUCAGGUAGAGUUGUGUUUAUAGUUAUACUUUCUUCAGAUUCCUUGUUAGAUUUAACUCAAUCUAUUGUUUAGGAACGUUACCCAGGCUUCUUCGACUGUCCAGAGAAAUGUGAACGGUUCGAGUUUGUUAAUGGGAUCGAAGAAUAUUCUCAAGAAGACGGGUUUCCUGCAGUUCUGGAUCUAAGUUCUUAUUAUGGUGACAGCAAGACAAGGGACAGUUUAGCUGGAAAAAGUAUAUUUUUGUCUGAAUAUGAGAGAUUGAAUGGGCAGGUUAAAGAAGGUAUGUUAAUAUAGCUUUUGGAAAUGUUUUCAAUUUAGAUAUAUUUGAUGUGAAUCCACAAGAAGAAGCAGAGGAUUACAAUGAAAUUGAAGCAGAAAACAUAAGGAGGAUCAAGGAAAUGGACGAUUAUGAGAUAGAAAAGGCCAGACAAGAGAUAUACGAGAGAUUGAGCCAAGAGACGAUCGACUUCUUAAAGAAGCGAGCUACAGAAAGGAAGCCGGAGAAAGGUAUUGUCAGCUUUCAGGAAUUGUUAAUUAGUUUAAAAGUAUUUUAAAGAUAUUGUUUAAUAUUUUAUAGCUAAAUGAUUAUGUUUUUAGUAUCUCUCUUCAAACAAAAACGUCAAGGCCUAUUGACGAAGCCAUCUACCAGCACUACUAAAGUUGAGGAUAAUUUAGUUAAAAAUUUGGAAGUGAUUUCUGAUAAAGUGACAGAUUCUCAUGAAACAGCGGAUUCAGUAGAGAGAUUGGCUAUGGAUCCCAUGCACAUGGACUUUGCUUCUAAAUAUAUGAAAGCUGUCUUACCACGGCAGGAACAAAACAUGGUUGUGCUUUUUGAAAAGUUAAAGAUCCGUCCAAAGUGAGUUUAACAGUUUUUUAGGUAAUAUUUUUUUAUAAUUUUGAAAAGAGGUAUCUUGCUAUUAAACAUAUGUUUAUGUUUGUAGAAAUGCUGGAGAAUCAGAUGAAUUAGUUGAAUUGGCUAGGAAACGCUUGGAUGACAUCAGUCAGUUGUUCUUGGAAGAUUUGUAAGUUUUUAGAGUUGUUGCAUUUAUGCUUUGAAUGUGAUUUAUGUUGUUUUUUCUGUAUAUUUAAAUUGGUAAUGGUCUUGAGACCUUAAUAUAAAACUAUUUUAGUGUGACAGAACAAGGAAAGCAUGAAAAGAGGUUUGGUCAUGGUGUUAACCCGUUGCUUGAUGGAGCUUGGAGUCUGAUGCCGAUCCGAAGGGUCGUUGAUGCAUUUGAGAAGAGAGGGUAAGUUGCUAUCAUGUAACAGUAUAUUGCUUUGUUGCAUAUAAAAAUACUUGCCGUUAUUAAAUGAUGACAUUUAGGGAAUUGACGAAAGAUGACAUAGAAAUAGUGACGUUGUCGAUUUUGUUUUCGGUUCUAUUGUUGAAGGAACAGAAAACCUUGUUCUACACUUUGUACACACCAGGAGAAGUCUAUGUACAUCUGGCUGAACUGUUUUUGCUUGGUAUGUUACCCAGAUAAUAACUUAAAUUUAUUGUUGCAUUAAAGUCGUUACCUAAAUUUAUAAUAAUAUCUAAAAUGUAUUGUAAACUUUUUUGCUUUUUAGGCCCGGAGGCAUUUAAAGAGGAAACGGUCUUAUUGGGUUUUAACCGUUUGCUCAACGAAUAUCUGAUAAAGAAAGCAGAAAGCGGAUUUUUAUCAAUGAAGUUGACCAAAAGUAUAUCAGGAUUGGAUGCCUUCUUUCCAUUGUAAGUUCAAUCUAGGUGAAUUUGAAUGUAUAAAAUAUGCUUUUAUCUUUUAUUUAAAAAAUUUUUUUAAAUUUAUUUUUUAGUUACGAAGAGUUGUUGAAGAGGUAUACCGAGUUUGGAGUGUCAGACAGUAACUUCGCCUUGAUGUUGUUACUACCGGCUUACAUGAACGUUAGCGUAAGUGAUGCUUUGACCAUAAGGAUAUUACUGUGGUCGGAGCAUAGUGAAGUUGUUAGACAAAUGCCAUUAUCUUUCGACGAUGCUAACUCAGUGACUAGUUAUGUCAGUAGAAACAUUGACUCGAUGACAAAGUUGUUCAAAGCUACAUUAACAGACCCGUUCAACUUGUUGUUAGCAGCGUAUUCAGCAGCUAUAGAGAAUGGAGUUGUGUUACAGGAAAGGAAUCCCGUUUUGUAUCACUUUGCCAUUCAACAACUCGAGGUUGCAAGGCGGAACUGA